AUGAAUAAGUUAGGUGACUACGUAUACGAAUACCCCCCUGUGCGCGGAGGAAAGAUCCCCUCAUGGCUGCCAGCGAUUCUACGGCCCGACUAUACAUGGCCAUCACCCAAUGCAAAACAAAUUGAAGUGACCAAGAUAACGCCCCCGGUUCCCCGCAUACCAUGCCGGAUGGAGAGAAUCUUCUGGGGAUUCAUCCAUAGAGGCCUAAUUCGCUUCGGUCAUUGUACAAGCCUAGAGGAAGCCCUAAUGAUGCAGAUGGCAGACGCUGGCGGUAUCCCAACCUCCAAGGUUCUUUGCUGUGGCGAACAUCCAGCUCAUUACUUCGAACGGACUUCUUUCUCUAUCCUGAUGACGAGGCUUCCCGGAACACCUCCCAUUGACAAAGGUGAUGAUACAUUCGACCCCACAACAGAAGACCCCUGGCUCGGGCAAUUAGGGUCGAACGGUUCCAUGGGGUAUGAUGGGGCCCUUAAAAACCGAGAAAGGGCUAUACGGCCACCUAUUUUAACCGCCUCAGCACACCGAACUCGCUCGGAGAAAGAGUUCCACAACCUGAUGGUGAAAGCGAAGAAGCUAUACAAACGCCCGCAUUGGCAAGUCCCGCAUCGGGCGACGUUCACUCAUGGCGACCUUAGGUCUUUUAAAGUCCUAGUUAAGGACGGACGUCUGACAGGCAUCGUGAACUGGCAAUCUGGUGGUUGGUAUCCCGAGUACUGGGAGUAUGUAACCAUUUUGCGGUCCUGGACCAAUAUUGGGGGCUGGUGGCGUGAGAUUUUUCGCUGGAUGGGAGGCGACUACUACGCGCGUGAGCUGGAUGCAUACAAUGCAUUAGUUAUAUUAGACUAA